AUGGACACGAAGCCCUCAAUAAAUAUAUAUAGCAAUGCUGGACUCAUCGAAUCCAUUCAAAAAUGGCUCCAUGAUCAGGAAGCAGAACUCGAAAAGACCCAUCAUCGUGCAACACCGGAAUGGGACGAAGCAGUUCGAAGUCUUCACGAACGAUGUGUCGUAGUCAAUGGAUUCCGCUGGUCGGGCCUAAUUCGAAAACGUUUCCAAAUGCCCAUUAAUCUCCAAAGAACCAUCAUUGUUGUCAUGCGGCGACACAGUCUCGUAGAGAAAGGACGGAGACACCAUCGUGAGAAGAUGGAGCAGCUCUACGAGGAGCUGAAAAUCGGACAAUUUUCAGACCCAAAGAUACAUCUCAAUUUCAUUAGUCUCUGUCGGAACAAAGUCGACGAUUUCAUACAGGGGAGAUCGAAAACAUUGAAAGCUCAUGGGUUGGUUCGCUGCGAGGGAGAUCAUGUAGAAUGAGAUAGUUCGACAAGAGAGUGGUUGGAGCCAGAUUGGGAUGGAGCAUACCUCCAAAACAGCCCAAGCCUUAAUUUUCGGAUAGGGCAGCAUGCCCGACUUUUCGAGGAAGUUCCCGUCGAGAGUAAAGAGCAUCUGUUGUCGCAAUUCUUCCAUAAUUUGCUCAAACACCAGCAAAGUAGUCUGCUCAUGCGAUGUUUUGCAACCUUGAGUACCAGUCAGCAAGAAGCAGUAUUUGCCAGGUGGUACAAUGAGACUCCUGAGGUAUAUUUUUGACCAACAGAGGACUGGAAGGGGGUUUUCUUCGGUGAUCCGCAGGGAGAGAAGCAAUCUUUCUCAUCCCAUGUCUAUAAAGAACCACAGGCGCUCCAGAUAGGAGAUGAGGUUCCAGACGACAGGAUGCGUCCUGGUGCCGAUGGAACAGUCAUGUCUUCCAGCAAUUCAGCUGUGUCCCUGGAUGAGGUGCUUCACGAUGACGAGGUUCCAGUAAUUGACAGCUCUGUUGUGGAAUGGGAUGCGUGGAUCGCAUAA